AUGAUAUUAGAGAUCAAGAUGAAAGGUGCGACCGUGGGUUCCAUAAGUCCACGUCGUACGAUCGUGUAUACUCGAAGAGAUCAAUCUCCUUCCAAGCUAGACCACCAAAGUGCAGUUUUACCAGAAUUGCUUCAUCGUCGCAUUCUCUUCUCUCAUGGGAACGAUCUGAUUUACUGGCAAAUGCUAUUUGAGGAUCGCAAUGAGAUCGCACGCCUAAAGAAUGAGAACGACAAUUGGAGAACUUGGUGGAAUGAGGAAGGAAGAUACAUCGCGAGCACAGGCAACGAAAUGCGUGAAGGCGCGGGAGCUGGGAACAUCGAGAAUGAAGGCAAUAUAACUUAA